AUAGACAACUGUGAAAGCACAACCUUUGACCAACAUAUCCCUCUUCCACAACAACGACGACUACCUCCAUUUCUCCCCCCUUACACCGUUGAAUCUUACUUACUACCAUUCCAUAUUAUUAUUAUUAUUAUUAUUAUUAUUAUUAUUACUAUUACUAUCAUUAUUAUUCAACUCUCAACAAAAACCCAAAAUAAUCCAUUAUUACAGUUUCAAUCUCUCUUAGAUUUAUCUGCCAUUCUCCAAGAAAAUUCAAGAAAGUUAAAAAAAAUAAAAUUUCUUGAUCCCUUUUGUUUAAGUUAUACUGUUUUCUACUUCUUUUGGGAUUUCAGAUUUGUAGAUUUCCAUUUUCUUGGAUUAGGGUUUUGAUUAUUUUUGCUUUGUGUUGACUUGUUGAAGUAUGGGUGAGUAGUUGGUGAUGUUUGUAAUGAGGAAAAUCUAGGUUUUUAGGAGGUGGGGUUGUGGUGAAAAGGAUUAGGAGGGAUGAUGGAUCAAUGGGUGUUGGGGAUCUUGGGUUCUGCUUCAGUUUUUCUUUGCUUAAUUGGGGUGUUGCUGGUUCCUGUAUAUGCUAACACUGAAGGUGAUGCAUUGAAUGCACUGAAGACCAACUUGCUUGAUCCUAACAAUGUUCUACAGAGUUGGGAUCCAACUCUUGUUAAUCCUUGUACUUGGUUUCACGUGACCUGCAACAGUGAGAAUAGGGUAACCAGAGUUGAUCUUGGAAAUGCAAAUUUGUCGGGUCAACUCGUUCCACAGCUUGGUCAACUCCAGAAUUUGCAAUACUUGGAACUUUAUAGUAAUAAUUUAAGUGGAAGAAUUCCUUUUGAACUGGGGAAUUUGACGAAUUUGGUGAGCUUGGAUCUUUACCUGAACAAGUUAGUUGGUCCAAUCCCUGAGACUUUGGGCAAGCUUAAGAAACUACGUUUCCUGAGGCUCAACAAUAACAGCUUGACUGGACAAAUCCCAAUGUUGUUAACCACAGUCGAUUCACUUCAAGUGCUUGAUCUGUCAAACAAUCAUUUGUCAGGGCUUGUUCCAGUCAAUGGUUCCUUUUCGCUUUUUACUCCUAUUAGUUUUGCAAAUAAUCAAUUGGAUGUUCCUCCAGCUUCUCCACCUCCUCCUAUUUCUCCAACACCCACUUCUCCAGGUGUGGGAAACAGUGCAACCGGGGCGAUUGCUGGUGGUGUUGCUGCAGGGGCUGCUCUUCUGUUUGCAGCUCCUGCAAUUUUGCUUGCUUGGUGGCGUAGAAGGAAACCAGAAGACCACUUCUUUGAUGUUCCAGCUGAGGAGGAUCCAGAAGUUCAUCUUGGACAACUCAAGAGGUUUUCCUUGCGCGAAUUACAAGUUGCUACUGACAACUUUAGCAACAAAAAUAUACUUGGCAGAGGAGGAUUUGGCAAGGUUUACAAGGGCAGGUUGGCUGAUGGCUCUUUAGUUGCAGUUAAAAGAUUAAAAGAGGAGCGAACUCAAGGCGGGGAGUUACAGUUUCAGACAGAAGUAGAAAUGAUUAGUAUGGCCGUGCAUCGAAAUCUACUUCGUUUAUGGGGGUUUUGCAUGACAGCAACUGAACGGUUGCUUGUUUAUCCAUACAUGGCGAAUGGAAGUGUUGCUUCACGCUUAAGAGAGCGGCCAGAAUCAGAUCCACCUCUUGGAUGGCCAAUAAGGAAGUGUAUAGCACUAGGAUCUGCAAGAGGCCUUGCUUAUUUGCAUGAUCACUGUGACCCUAAGAUCAUUCACCGUGAUGUCAAAGCUGCAAACAUAUUGUUGGAUGAAGAGUAUGAAGCAGUUGUUGGGGAUUUUGGGCUAGCCAAACUCAUGGACUACAAGGAUACUCAUGUUACUACUGCUGUACGUGGUACAAUUGGGCAUAUCGCCCCCGAGUAUUUAUCCACGGGUAAAUCUUCAGAGAAAACUGAUGUGUUUGGCUACGGAGUUACGCUUCUAGAGCUCAUAACAGGGCAAAGGGCCUUUGAUCUUGCUCGACUUGCAAAUGAUGAUGAUGUCAUGUUGCUAGACUGGGGAAGUGAGCACAGGGGAGAGGAUCCCACUUUCCUGUAUGCAUCUCCCUACAAGCAGAACACCAUCAUUGCUGUACUCAACACGAUGAAAAUAUAAUUUAUAGACCUGCAUCUGUUCUUAUCAUCUGUUCCAAAUAACAACACCCCUACUACAAACUGGGACGGGUGAAUAAGAGAGGCUAUCACGUUCCUUCCCUUUCCCUCCAACAGGUGAAUAAGAGAGACUAUCACGUCCCUUCCCUUCCCCUCCAACAUCCCCAAUCCCAUUCUUGUUCUUUUAUCCAUUUCCUACCCCGUACGUAAUGCACAUCCCCUAUUCCCAUUUUAUAUCCUCUAUGUUGCUCGGACUCUUCAAAAAUGUCAGUGGGUGCGUGUCGGAUUACUCAUAGCUCUGUUCUUUUCUCAAAUCUCAAUGUUGCAGUUCUUCUUAAAGUAAAAAGUUUUACCCACCCUCCACCCACCAAAAAAAAAAAGGAAAAAGGUGAGCUAUAGUAGGUACUACAUCAUUCAAAACAUCCAGGUUAUUCCUGGGACUAGCAUUUAUGCACAUUAGCAGUAUGGUCAGAGUGGAUCACUUUUAUUAUCUUCUAGUAGUACAUUGUUCUGGAACUGUUCUUUAGUGUUAAAAUCUUUCUCCCUUUGGUUACCAGAAGCACUUAUCUAGCAUAUUUAUAUCAGAAGAUUUAGAUACUUCCUCCAUGUGGCCUUCUGUUUAGAUAGAACUAUAUCUCUUUUCUUUUCUUUUUUUGGUACGGAGUUGCGAGGUUAUUUCUUCUGUAUUUGUCUACAGUUUGCAUCAGAGAGUAGGUGAGAAAAAGGAUACACUUUGCGAGAGGGGACUCCUUUGGGAGGAUCCUCGAGAAAGGGAACCGACCCUUUAGGAGUGAAAGAGGAUGGUCAAAUCUUUCACUGUGGUUGAAGUAUACAAAAUUGAAAGACAAGCGACUGUCCUAACUUGGAAAGUAAACAAAGUGACUCUGAACUUGGAAAUUCAAUAAGGUUCAAAUAUGCACACAGAAUCAGGAGCCCCGUGCUAUCUGGUUCUGUCUUCUCAGUCUCCCUUAGGGCUGCUUAUCGAAGAUAUUACUAACUUUCAGGGUGAAUGCUUUCUUAUUUUUAUGAUGGAAUUAAUAAUUUGUUGACAUGAUUUGAUGAAAGACCGCGUACACUGUGAUUCUUUUAAAUGGCAGUCACGUGAAUAAAUGGUUAUGUACCUUGACCUCA